AUGAACUCCGCCUCUCCUGCCACAACCACCACCUCCGCCUCCCUCAACGCCGCCUCCACAAUGUACCCAGAUCACCCCAAGGAGCCGACGCAGCACAUCUGGGUCGUCACCGGGCCCGCCGGCUGCGGCAAAAGCACCGUGGGCAAGGGGCUGGCCAACGAGCUGCACUACCCGUUCCUCGAGGGCGACGAUUUUCACUCCGCCUCCAACAAGCAGAAAAUGGGCAGCGGCAUCCCGCUCACCGACGCAGACCGCUGGGACUGGCUGAUUGCGCUGCGCGAGGCCGCCACGAGGGCGCUCUCGCCCUCCCAGGCGAACAACUUCCACCCGCCCGCCGGCGUCGUCGUCGCCUGCUCCGCGCUCAAGCAGAAGUACCGCGACGUCAUGCGUAUCGCCACCUACAACUCGCCCUCUGUGCAGAUCCACUUCGUCUACCUCAAGCUGGACGAGGAGGUGCUUCUGCGCCGCGUCGCCCAGCGCCAGGCCCACUACAUGAAGAGCGUCAUGGUGCAAAGCCAAUUGCGCGAUCUUGAGGAGCCCAAGGGCGAGUGGGAUGCUUUAACUAUCGACGCGAAUGCUCCGCCGGCGCAGGUCCAGACUGAGGUCUUGAAGUUGGUUAAGGAGAAGAUGGCAGAGUAUAAACAGCAGCCGUAA